AUGUCCUCCGACGAGCAACUCAACCACCUCUCCGAGUCCGGCGUUACGAUCCGUUCCGACAGCGAGCUGUACUCAGCCGAGGAUCUUUCAUCACCAGCGUCGUCCAACUCACCUAUCAUCCUAUACAAGCCCCCGACCGUGUGGUCCCUGGUCCGAGGCGCUGCCAUCAACCUGUUGCUGCCGUUCAUCAACGGUAUGAUGCUGGGAUUCGGGGAGCUCUUUGCCCAUGAGGCUGCCUUCAGGCUAGGAUGGGGAGGCACUAAGGUCUUUCCCCUCUCCCGGCGGAGAGCCCAUCCCAUCGGACCCGGCAUCGAGCUUCGGGAUCGUUCAUACAGCCCUCGGCCGUCACUAAACGACAUCGCGAGCUUGGAGUGA